UACUGCAUACAAGCUGUGACGUGCUUUUAAGAUAUAAUGGCAGCAUGCUUUUGGUAGCAGGGAGGGGAUGAUUUAUCAGGAGCGGCAAAGGGGCUGGGAGACAAGUCCUGCUGCAGUCCUAAAAAGUGUACAGCUGUCAGAUACCGGUAGAAGAGGAAGGGCGUGCGAGAGCAAUCUCCCUCUGCUCCUGGUUACGAGCUUUAGGGGUUUGUGAUAUCGUGAUUCUUUGGAACGCUGGAGUCUGAGUGCAGCUACAGAAAAGUCACACAGCUGGCAGUGAAUGCCACUCUCCUUUCAAGGCUGAGUGGACCAUUAAUGAGUGAAUGGGCUCUUCUGGGAAAGCUUGUCCUCACACCAUGACAGCUGACAAGUCAGAAGCUGGAGAGUUAGCUCUGGAGCCCCUGCUCACUUGCAAACUAUGUCUCUGUGAAUAUUCCCUGGAUAAGAUGACUACUCUUCAGGGAUGCAGCUGCAUCUUUUGUACAUCGUGCCUAAAACAGUACGUACAGCUGGCAAUUCAAGAAGGUUGUGGAUCUCCUAUCACAUGUCCAGACAUGGUAUGCUUGAACCAUGGGACCCUACAAGAAGAAGAGAUUGCCUGUUUGGUGCCGGUUGACCAGUUUCAGUUAUACAAGAGGCUGAAGUUUGAACGAGAAGUCCACCUGGACCCCCGGAGAACAUGGUGCCCUGCAGUCGACUGCCAAACGGUGUGCCAUACUGCACCAAGCGAGUCGGGAGCGCCGAUGCCGGUGGAAUGCCCAUCUUGCCACCUGAAGUUCUGCUUCUUUUGCAAGGAGGCAUGGCACCCACAGCAUCUGUGCCAGGAAAACCAAACUCCAUUGCGAACUGAGCAUGGAUCACUUAUUGGAACAGAGUCAGAGGCACCAAUUAAGCAGUGCCCAGUUUGUCGGAUCUACAUUGAGCGAAAUGAGGGUUGUGCUCAGAUGAUGUGCAAGAACUGCAAACACACAUUUUGCUGGUACUGUCUACAGAACUUGGAUAACGAUAUCUUCUUACGACAUUACGACAGAGGCCCUUGCAGAAACAAGCUGGGCCACUCACGGGCUUCGGUGAUGUGGAACAGAACGCAGGUUGUGGGAAUCCUCGUUGGACUAGGUAUAAUAGCAUUGGUGACCUCUCCCUUGCUGCUUGUCGCGUCUCCAUGCAUCAUCUGCUGCAUUUGCAAAUCUUACCGAAGCAAAAAGAAGAAACACAGCCCGCCAACAACCUAAAACUCUGUGUCUGUCUGAGCCUCCAUCUGCUGAGUGUAUUUUUUGUGAGAAAGCACAAUGGUCGUAUUUUGGUGCCAUACCUGCCAAAUAAUACUCUUCUAUGCCAA